AUGGACAAAUGGCUGUGUACGACACAAGCUGAUCGACCUCGGAAUCUGAAUAAGCCGCAAGCGCAAUGCUUUCAAGAUUUUAUUGUUUGUCUCGGUGAAUUCAAGACGCCAUCAACUUCUUUAGAUAACGAAGCAACUAUUGCACAAGUGUGCCAAUAUUUGGCCAAUGUAUUAAAGGUACAAAAUCGUCGAAAGAUCUAUGGUUUUGUAACUAAUUUGACACAUAUGACAUUUUAUUGUGCUGAAAAGAAACCAUAUUCAACUUCAUACCAUUAUUAUAAAAGUCAACAUUUAGAAAUGUUCAAUUGUUUGUCAAAAACAUCAUCAUCUGUUGGUACGAAAAGAAAAUUGAAUAAAGAAGCAUGGGAAAUAUUUACAAAAUUUUUAACAAUGAAUCCGGACUUUUACCAGUAUACAACGUUGAAUAUAAAUCCUCUUGAUGAUUUACGUGGUGAUAGAUAUUCCAUCAGUCGAAAAUUAGGAACCGGUGUAACGUCAAUGGCUUAUUCGUUAGUAAAAAAGCAGGAUAAUUAUUUAAUUGAUGAUGUAGAAAAUUGUGUAAUUAAAAUCUCGAAACGAACCACAUGUUCCGAAUCGCUCAUAAAUGAACUCAAAAUUAUAGAACAAUUAAAACAAUCAAAUAAUCAAAAUAAAUUUGAUUUAUUUUUUGAAAAUGUUAUUGAUUCAUCACCUGCAGGUAACUUUUUAGUAUUUCAAAAUGAAUUACUAUCUAUCGAAUCAUUAACAUUAAUUCAGUCAAAACAACUUAUUGAUGUCAUUCAAUAUUUAUAUGAUUGUCGCAUUAUUCAUCGUGAUUUAUGUCCACCAAAUUUGAUGUUAGAUAAAAACAGUCAACAUUUAAAAUUAAUCGACUUUGGUUAUGCCAGAACUUAUGAAAUGAAUGAAAUAACAAAAGAAGUACCAAUUGAAGGAACAACUAUAUAUGCUGGUGAAAAAUUUUUACUUUUUUAUUCACGUCUAUCAUUGAAUUCAUUAUUUGAUCCAUAUUAUGCUUAUGAACGAACCUUUGAUCUGAAAUGUGCAUUAAACGUCAUCAUGGUAAUGAGCAACUGUGAAAUUAGAGUUAAAAUGGAUUCAAUCAAUGCACUACCUGAGGUUAAACAAAAAGUAUUAUCAUCAUUAGAAUUAUGGAAAAACCUAGAAGUGAACAAUGAAAAUUACUCGAAAUUAUUGAACUCGAUAAAUAAUUUAACAGGAACAACAGAUUUUGAUGUUAUCAAAGAUGAAGUCGAUAAACUUUUCAAGCAUUGA